AUGGAAAAUAUCUCCGAAUCGGCGAACCCGAAACCUCAAGGAACUCUCAUUCACGACGGAAAAUACAUACAGUACAACGUCUUAGGCAACGUUUUUGAAGUCUACUCCAAGUACAUUCCUCCUCUUCAACCCGUCGGUCGCGGCGCAUACGGCAUCGUUUGCUGUGCAACGAACUCGGAAACGGAAGAAGGUGUUGCGAUUAAGAAGAUUAGCGAUGCGUUUGAUAAUAGGAUUGAUGCGAAGAGAACGCUUAGGGAAAUUAAACUUCUCUGUCACAUGGAUCAUGAUAAUGUGAUUAAGAUUAAAGAUAUAAUUAAUCCAGCUGAGAAGGAAAAAUUUAAUGAUGUGUAUAUUGUGUAUGAGUUGAUGGAUACUGAUCUGCAUCAGAUUAUACAAUCUAAUCAGGCUCUUACUGAUGAGCACUGUCAGUAUUUUCUAUAUCAACUCUUGAGAGGAUUGAAGUACAUACACUCUGCAAAUGUUUUGCACCGAGAUCUAAAGCCAAGCAAUUUACUUCUCAAUGCAAACUGUGAUCUCAAAAUAUGCGACUUUGGGCUUGCCAGAACAACCUCUGAGACAGACUUCAUGACAGAAUAUGUUGUGACUCGUUGGUACAGAGCCCCUGAAUUACUACUGAACUGUUCAGAAUAUACUGCUGCUAUUGAUGUAUGGUCAGUUGGUUGCAUUUUGAUGGAAAUAAUUAGAAGGGAGCCUCUAUUUCCUGGUAAAGAUUAUGUUCAGCAAUUGGCGCUCAUAACUGAGUUGUUAGGUUCACCAAAUGAAGAAGAUCUUGGAUUCCUCAGAAGUGAUAAUGCAAAGAAAUAUGUUAAGCAGCUCCCGCAUGUAGAAAAGCAGCCCUUUGCACAAAGGUUUCCUGAUCUGUCCCCACUGGCAAUUGAUCUUGCUGAGAAGAUGUUGGUUUUCGAUCCAUCUAAACGCAUAACUGUUGAGGAAGCACUGAAUCACCCAUAUAUGUCAAGUCUUCAUGAGAUCAACGAGGAGCCUGUUUGUCCAUCCCCUUUCGUCUUUGAUUUUGAACAGACAACUCUGGAUGAAGAAGACAUAAAGGAGCUCAUAUGGAGGGAAUCUCUAAACUUCAGCCAGGAGCAGAUACAGGAAUAG